UAUCCACGCAAUGCAAUCAUCGACGCCUAUGACGGCGGAGUCAUGGCUAUUAUCGAGGUCAGCCGAGACCACCGGCCUCGACUACGACGGACACCACGUCCUGCGCGCCACGGACCUGCGCUUCUCCCUCGGGGGCCGCCGCAUGUUCCCCGUCCGCCUCCGCCCGGACCCGGAGGAACCCCGCCGUCUCCUCGCCGCCGUGGACUCCGUGCUCGCGCGGCGCAGCGACGACGACGACGUGGAGGCCCUCGAGAUCUCCUUCGUCUACCGCGACUGCCACGACGAGUGCGUCUUCAUGGAGUCACGGGGUAAAGCCGGGUCCCAUUACGAGUACCUCACGAGGCACGAGCACGCCGCCGACGUCACGUCCGCGCACCUGGCCCGCUGGCUGCGCUUCGUCGAGCGCCGCGUCACCGGCAGCUUCACGCUCGCCGUGCCCACGGUGCCGCCGAGCAAGUCCGUAGAUGAGGGCGGCGAUGGGGACAAUGCGCACGUGAGGGAGCUGAUCGCCGAGCUGCCCGCCUCGGCGAGAGCAACGACGAUGAGCCUGGCCCUGGGCAACGCCACCCUCAAGGUCCCCGUCGCUGGCGUCGGGGCCUUCCACGCGCUCACGGACCUCGUGCUCAGGCUGGCCAGGAUCGACCCCAGCGGCGCGGACGAGCACAAUCUCGGCCGCAUGCUGUCCUCGUCGUGCUGCCCGCGGCUGCGGCGCCUCCAGCUGGAGUACAUCGUCGGGAUUGCCACGCUCCGUCUGGACGCCGCCGACACUCUCGAGGACCUCCGGCUGGAGAGCCUCCCGGACAUGUUGUCGGUGGACGUGAACGCGCCAGGCCUCCGCGAGCUGCACAUUUUCCUUCCCGAGGAGGCCGCGGCCACAAGGGUCUCAGCCCCGAGGCUAGAGAUGGUGUCCUGCUCCGGCACCUCGGACCACCUACCGCUGGAGCUCGCCGGUGGGGCAUCAGCUAACGUCCGGCGUCUGCAAAGCCUCGGACUAUGGUCGCAUGGCCAUCCCCCGGGCCACCCAGAGGGAUACAUCAAUGCCGGCGUCGUGUGGCUGCUGGAGCAAUGCUCUGCCGCGGAGAGCCUGAAUGUGAACAUAUCCCCGCCGUUCUGCGAGGAGAUGGGCAGCGAAGAGAUAAUGAGCCUCAUGCCGGCGCUCCCCAAUGUCACCGACCUGGAGAUAGAAAUAACCAUGUCAUCAGGCCACCGCUUUGGUGCCAGCGUCGCCAGGUUCAUCCGCCAAUGCAGCAACGUCCGACUACUCUCCGUUGAUGUCAAAGACACGUACUACACACUGUGCACCAACCCUAGAUGCUUCUGCGGUUCAGAUUGCGAGGGGAACGUGGAGAUGUCGCUGCCACACCUCAUAGAAGCCAAGGUCUCCGGCGUGCGCCCGGUGGAGGAUCACAUGAACCUGGUGCGGCGGCUGGUGACGAGCGCGCCAAUGCUAGAGAGGAUGACCGUAGAGUUUGAGUCGUGGUCGCCGUCUUGGAAGAAGGAUAGAGGCUAUAGGGUUGUUGUCAAGGAUGACCUCCCAGCCUGUGAUGGAGCGCGCUGGAUUUGCUUGGAUCCGGUCGUAGUUUGGAUACGUUUGUGUGUGUUCAAGUUGGAUCCUUUUGAUCUACGCUACUCUUCAAUAGCGAUGGUUGCUGUUCUGGUUCGCUAGUCCUAUGGUUCUUAGCAUGACGACUUUCCGGCUAUCUACUACAACAAGUUUUGCUCGGCUCCGGCGAGGAAGGGGCGAUGACGGUGGCGCGCCUUCGGCUCGCUUGAGUGCUUAUAGUCGUCGCUAGCUGGUCUACGGAUCUGGAUUUAGUUUUUAGAGUGAAUUCCGGUUUUUGCCCUUUAUUUUGACAUUUUUGACACUAAUUACCCUAUUUAGUGAGAUUUCAUCAA